GCAGGGCAGGCCGGGCAACUCUGCAGAAGGGCGGCUCGGCUGCUGGGCGGCUCGGCUCCCGGGCGGCUCGGCGGCAGGGCAGCUCUGGUGCAAGGCGGCUCGGCUCCCGGGCGGCUCGGCGGCUGGGCGGCUCGGGUGCAGGGCGGCUCGGCUCCCGGGCGGCUCGGCGGCAGGGCAGCUCUGGUGCAGGGCGGCUCGGCGGCAGGGCGGCUCGGGUGCAGGGCGGCUCGGCUCCCGGGCGGCUCGGCGGCAGGGCGGCUCGGCUGCACUGCUGCUCAGCUGCUGCAGGUGGGUGGCGGGGCCGCGAGAUCAGGGGCAGCGGGGCCGAAGUAGCAGGGCCGGCAGGUGCAGUGGCGGGGACGGCGGGGCCGCGGCUGGUGGAGCGGCGGGGCCGGCAGAGAGGGCGGCGGAGCCGCGGCUGA